GGAACGACGACUUUGACUAUUCUGCGACAGAGCAGCCUCUGACAAUAUCAACACCGCCUAAAUACAUCCUUGAAACUUCACGAUGCCUAUCACCGGAGUGAAGCCGGCUCCUAUCGCCUUCCCGGCAGGCAUGUAUCGCCUCGGCGUACACUCAGCACCAAUCGUCAUGCAUCUUGCCAACCUAGCUCAGAAGAAAGCUUACCGCGAAGAGCGUGGUUUCUUUUUGGUUCAGGGUGGCCGUUUCAUCCAGCACCUCCUGAAGGAUGGUUUCAAAAUCGCUUCGUUGUUCGUCACCGCACCCGAAGUCUGGAAGGAAUUGGAAGACGUGCGCCGGCCGGCGCUGAACGUGAUUGAAAACCCUUCGCAAUGGCCAGCGGAACGGCAGUACCUAGUUGACAUCGACCGUGUACGACGGAUCUUGGGGUCUCGAGCACGACCAUACAAACACGAGUUAUUCGCGGAAAUCGCCCGGCCGAAUUGGUCUUUCCCAAAAGGAAAGGACCUCCAGCGACUCAUUUACUUCCACAAAAUCAAUUACGCUUCGAACCUUGGUCAGCUCGUACGGACAGCGCGUCUCUUUGGAUGGCAAGCGGCAGCUCGGUCAAGGAAUUCGAUCGACUUCUUCGCUCCAGAUGUCCUUGCCCAUUCGCGGGCACAGACAAUUUACAUGCCGCACAAGGUCCAGGACUUGAAUGAGUUCGUACAAUUCGCUAACGAAGAACGACUCCAAGUUAUCCUUUGCCGCGAAAUCCCCGAGUCUCAAGUCGAACAUCAGAAGCCAAAUACGCUUCAUCUUUGGCGAAGCGACGGGACGGUAGUCCCACACGACCAAAUUCCCAAGCGUUUCGCCAUCAUCGUCUCUGGUGAUCAGAAUUGGGACAAACAGGAUGGUCUUGACGCACUUGACCUGCCAGUUAUACAUGCGUCGAUACCCAUGCCUAAUCCGGUGGGAACCCUGCAUAGUAGUCAAACGGCAGCGAUGGUUAUGUGGGAAUUGAAUAAGCUGACGGGAUGGAUGGGAAACGUGAAGCAGACCAAGGUGAAUUCGGAUCAACUUCAUGAUCCGGAUGAAAGCACUGGAUUGUCAGAAUGGCAUGAAUCGGACUAGC